AUGUAUAGGCAGCAGCGUGCGCAGCAGUUGCGGGGCGGCCGCGGGUACCCGACGGAGGUGGCCGGGCGGGAUCGUGUGAAGUUCUUCCGUCGCCCCGUCGAGCCCGAAAACACCGUUCUGGAGAACGCCAACAACAACGCAAGCACCGCCACCUGUGCGGACGCGAUGCAGGCGCAGUUUGCCGCCAGCUGCCCCUCCUUUUCGAUACCGUCCAAUGCAGCCGCGUUUGCGUCAUCUGUGCCCCACGGUGAGGCGGGCGGGCGCACCAGCCACCGGCCCUCCUCCGCCCUCGGCUGGCGUUCACGCCACGCCAACUCCUCCAGCCGGAUGGGCGGCAACGGUCUUGUUCGCAGAGGCGGUGCUGGCCUGCGAGGGGCAAAGCCGCAUCACCUUCCGAGUCUUGAGAGAGGCGACGCGGCAGGCGUCGUCGGCAGCGGGGGCGAAGCCCAGCAGGAUGGACGUUCUGUGGCGUCGGUGCAGACUAUGUAUCGCGACAACGAAGCACAGACAGAUCCGUACUCGCCCGACUACGUCAUUCCGGAGGGAGCCCCCACGCCGGAGAUUCUGGGUCUUCAGAGCCUCACAUACCAGAAUGGCGGGCUUCCGUCUGGGAAGGAAGGCGUGGAACUCAUCCAGCGACUGCGCCGCCGCCGUGACGUCGAGGCGUCAUUGCCAACCGGGACGGAUGCGGCCUCCAUCGAGGCCAAGUACACUGCUCUGCACGAGCUGGAGGAAAAGGAGUGGGCCGAGCGCGAGGACCAUGUCGCGCAGCUACAGCAGCGGCGACUAGACCGGCUGAGAGAGUCGUUGUUGGCGCGCGAGGCGGCCCGCGAGGAUGCCAACCGGAGGCGUCUGGAGCAGAUCAAAUCGCAGUACCUCGAAUCCCUAGGCGGAAAACUGACGUCGCUUGAGAUGCGUCGUAUGGCAGCAAGCAAGCGCGGCAUCGAUAAGAUGGCGCAACUGCAGGCAUUGGGGACCGGUGGCGCAGCGGGCCAAAUCGCAGAGGCAGGGGCGACCCUUGGCAUUCCUUCAGCAGCGGCUUCUAUGAAGAGUUCCACUGCUACCUCGAAGAGCGGCAGAGCCAAGCCAUCCAUUGCGACCUACUCGCGCUACGGCACAGAUGGUGCGCCUCCGCAGAUCGAGCAGAGCGACAUCACUGGCGGCUCUAGCAUUGACGCUCGCCUCCGCGCGGCCAGGCAAGCAUUCAACUACGAUAUUCGGCCGCAGCUACUGGCGGACCCGGCGGGGACAGAGGUGGUUGAUGCCGAGCGUGGCGCCCGAGUGGAUCGGGUCUCACCGAAGACGUUUGUUGUGCCGGAGAACGAGGCGGUGCAGCGUCUGCCAACACUGUAUCAGCGCCGCGAGCAGGAGCGAGUCCUGCACUCGCUCGAGUACGCCUACAACAAGCUGCAUCCCUCUGAGGAUGCUGAGGAUGGCAAGGCAUGUGAGAUGACGGCGCAGCGGGUGCUGGAGCUGUACAGGGCCACGCCGAAGCUGCAGCGGCCAGAGACACCGGUGCUGAGGCUGGACAGUGAUGAGCAAGAGGAGGAGCAAGACGCCUGCAUCCUCCUUCAACGCCUGCUGCGCGGCCGUGCGGUGCAGAACGACUUCUUCGACGGCCGUGAACGUUGCCGCGGACUCAUCGAAGAGCUGCAGGCUGCUUCUACAGCUCAGACGGCGGAGCAGCUGGCGGCGGCAAAGCGAAAGGAGGAGUUGCUGGCAGCGGAGCGGGAGGCGGAGGCGCAGCACAUCGUUGGCAGCGCGCUCGGCGCCAUUGUGCACGACACACUCGGGUUCCUGUCUCACGAGCUGGGUCGCCAGCAGGACAUGGCGGCACUGCGACGGCUGCAGGAAGAGGCCGAGGUGGUGCGUGCGACUCGCGAGGCGGCCGAGCGAGCCCGUCGUGCGGAGGUGCGCCAGCAGCGCGACCGCAACGAGGUCGCCUACGCGGCGUACAUGCGUGCCACCGACACGACGCUGCAGUGCUUCCUUGACGACGUUACGCGGUCUGCGGUGGAGGAGACGGCGAUGGUUGUGGCGGUGGAGGCAGAACGGGCCUGCCAAGCGGCCCAUGCCUCACCACGGUAUCCUGCGACCGAGGAGGCAGAGGACGUUGUGUGCGACAUGCUGGACGGGUUCGUCAUUCCAGCGAUUGUGGAUGCCAUUGGAUUACAGGGACGCGAGCUGGAGAAGAAGGCGGUAGCAGGCGCAGCGCUGGAUGCUGCCCACACGUUGAGUAAGGCAUGCGGCAGACCACCGACUUGA